CAGUGGCAACAGUCUGUAGUGGCACCACCCAAACCUUGUAAAGCUAAAUAGUGCCAUUGUGUCAUUACGCGGGAAAUACAUAACGUUUGGUUACUGAAUACCUUCAAAAUAAAAGUAUUUAAUACAACAAAUAAUUUACAACACAUACAAAGAAACAGAAAGAAUGAAUUUUAAGGUUUUAUACGGUGUAAGAAAUGUAAUGAAAUUUCAUUUUUACUUGUACGAUGCAAGACCAGCGCUUCACUGUUGCGUACAAUAAUCACUUUUCUCUUUUAUUCUUACAACGACUGCCAACUUCCGCUUUGGUUCGUACUGCCGGCGACGAGCUUGAUGCAACUCUAAUAAAAUAGUUCGUUCCCUGUGAAGGAAAAAGGAACUGCCAAACUUUACCUCUCUAUCGCCCACAACAAAGACAGGUUAAUUCAUCAGUCAUCAUGGUUCGCGAAGUAGAAAAUAUGGAGGAUUUCAAAAACAUCCUGAAGGAGGCUGGAGACAAGCUGGUGGUGGUGGACUUCACUGCCACGUGGUGUGGCCCCUGUCAACAGAUCGGCCCAAAGUUUGUUGAAGAGUCGAAAAAACCUGAAAACAAGAAUGUGAUUUUCCUGAAGGUGGACGUGGAUGAGGCUGACGAUGUGAGUGGACAUUGUGGAAUUCAGUCCAUGCCAACAUUCCAAUUUUACAAGAAUGGCGUGAAGCUCGACGAGUUCUCCGGGGCUAAUGCCGCCAUGCUGGUCAAGAAAAUCCAAGAUCACAGAACAUAAAGCCACCGUUGCUCUCUGUAUGUGCUGAAAAAAAUCCAGUUUCAUGUACAGUUAAAAUCCAGGUUCUUUAUCCCACACAGGCAAUCAUUUAUUCCACUCAUGUAUCAGAGUCCGCUCAGUGUUUGUAUCGUCUGUCUUUAAUUGACUGAAAUUGGAUCAAAACCUGAUGACUUUUUAAUUCAGUUUUUUAUGGCAGAAUUGGCUUUGCUCCUGACCAACAGCAGAACUUUCUUUGUUAAGUUGUGUCCAACAAGGUGGAUUCAAUAAAUGAAAUGAGUUACAGAA